UGCUUUGCAGAACGAUGUGGAUUCUAUUCUGAUUUAAGACUGUUUAAAACAUAAAUAAUCAUGAUAAAUUAAGACGCAGAGGCGCCAUGGCAGAUAAAUGACAAUUGAUAGAUGAUUAAGUUCCCAUUAUCCGCGACGCGUUAUGCAUGAUCGCGAGCGCUUAUCAUCGCGAUAUAAACAGGUGUAUCAUCGGCCUGCGUGGCACAUUAAGCGUUCCGACGCCCCUCAUGACGGACACUACCCGGCAUGGUGAGUUCCUGCGGACCGGUCAUUGUUUUCACUACGAAUAGAUGUCAUCUGACAGUUGACAAGUUACGCAAUACAACGGCGGAAAGCAAAUCUUUGCGAAUUGGCAAGUCAACAUCUCCGGAUAGCGUGACGGCGUGAAAAAGUCGAGACAAGUGGAAAGAUCAAUUCAACGCAGCACACACGCGGAGAAUGACAAAUUGUUUGAAUACACUGCUUUGAGGGUCGAAAGAAGCGCGAUCACGAGAAAAAAACGGACAAUAAUAAGAAGUCAUCAUGGAAACAAAUAGGAAUGGUGAUAUCAGCCGACUCCAGAAUCAGUUGACCGAAGCGCUCGAAUUGGAAUCCAAGCGCUGCAAUCAAGGAAAUAGAUUGAACACAGAUUGGUGUCCUGAGAUUUGGGACAGGAUACUUUGUUGGAACUCGACGGCACCUGGACAAUUAGCCGUUCAGUACUGUCCCUCUUACAUCGUGGGUUUCGACACUCAUGCAUUCGCGUCGAAACAAUGUAUGCCGGACGGCGAGUGGUACUGGAGCGACGCAACUCAGAGCACGUGGAGCAACUACAGCCAAUGCUACCGGGAGUCACUAAUACUGGUGAACACGUCGGAUGUGCAGGCGAACAACGUCACCCUGAUUAAAAAAUUCUUCCCGAUUGUGAAGACUAUCUCGAAACUCGGCUACACAAUUUCGCUGUUCACUCUAAUCAUCGCGUUUUGCAUUUUGGCCACCAUCAAUUUGUCUCCCAUCGGACGUAGGAAAUUGCGAUGUUCACGAAACAUAUUGCACAUGCACCUGUUCGCCUCGUUCGUGAUGCGCGCCUUCAUGGCGUUGCUCAAGGAUAUGCUCUUCGUGUCCGGCUUUGGUCUGGCGGACUCCGUGAUCGAGGACAACGAGGGUUAUUGGCUGGUCGACAAGAAGGAGAUCGGCGAGUGGCAUUGCAAAAUGUUUACUAGCCUAUGGCAAUACUUUAUCUUGGCCAAUUACUCCUGGAUUCUGAUGGAGGGUAUUUAUCUGCACAAUCUAAUCUUCCUCGCGCUCUUCACCGAUGCCAACUCCAGCAUCGCAUGCUACGUCGCUUUCGGAUGGGGUUUGCCAGCUGUAUUUAUCUUACCUUGGGUAGCCACGAGAAUUAUAUAUGAAGAUACGUACUGCUGGACGACAAACGUGAAGCCUCUUUUAUUCCUCUUCAUACGAGUGCCCACGAUGCUCUCUAUUUUGAUAAAUUUCGUGCUCUUCAUCAACAUUGUGAGAGUGCUGCUGAUAAAACUCAAGUCCACUAUGACGGAGGAAACGCAAAGAUACAAACGGUGGGCUAGGAGCACUUUAGUCCUGGUGCCGCUCUUCGGAGUUCAUUACGCAUUCUUUAUUGGAAUGUCAUACAGCGUUGGCGUGAACGAAAUUGUAGAGAUUGUGUGGCUUUUUUGCGAUCAGCUGUUCGCAUCUUUCCAGGGUUUCUUCGUGGCGGUGUUAUAUUGCUUCUUGAACGGUGAGGUGAGGACCGAACUGACGAGAGUGCUACGCAGCGGCCCGUUGUCACGUUUCCACGGAGUUCGAUGGGGCUCGAGACCGUCCACGCAUUCGGUCAGCACAUGCAGUUGCAAUAACGUGUCCAAGUCCGGUCGGCGACAUUCGAAAAGGUCAAAGUGGUGGAAGUCGCGCUGGAAAGCGUCUCCCUGCCUGUUCCAGGAACGCGCCAUUCGUCGAUCCACUCACUCGAUGGCGAGUACACAAGAUGUUGGAACGAGAGGAGAUAGUCUAGCGAGCAGCAGGGGCUAUGUAGAGAUUGCUGGUAACGGCCAAGUACUACAGUCGACAACGCAAAAUCAACACGCUCAUCAUACAUCACCUUUAUGUAGUAAAUACACGGAUCAGUCGCUCCUCUCCUUUUGCUCGAAUAUGUCAGAUACAUCAGGACCAAAUAUCGAUAAAAUCCGCGACCAGCAUCGAUGGAGCGACUCUGAGUGCUGUCACAUCGCAUACGAACUGCACAAUCUGCAACAACACCACGGGCAUCCGUAAUAAUGCCCGGAUUCUCACGCACGAUAGAAAAAAAAAAAAAACAUGUCGCUUGUCACGUAAAUCUACAAUAUGCAUUUAAACGUACGCGUGUAUUAUCCCUGAAGAUAAAGAUAGAACUACUGAAGGAUUCAACUUUUGGUAUAAAAUUUCGAAAUAAAAGAGAAUAUAAAUAGAAGAGAGUAAAAAAAAUCUCUAUCUUUUUGUAUUUCUAUUUGUAUUUUUCUUUUAGUCUUUUUGCAACUUAAAUGGAAAUUAAAUCAUUUUUGAUUUGCACAUCUUCUUUUACAGGGUUAUUGUGUCAUUUGACGCAAUCAUGCGUAUUAAUUCAUUCGAGCAAAUAUAUAUAUAUAUAUAAUAAUGUAUAGCCGAUGUUCAAUAUAAUUAUUUUAAGGAUUUGUUAGAACGUAUUGGAAUAUCUGACAAAAUAUUUCAUCGAUACCUCUCGAUAUUAUGAAAUAUGCGUCAUUGAUAGACGAGUCUAGCUCGCGAAAAUACUAAACGUCCAUUAUUCAUGAUGAAUUUUAUGCAUAUAUAGUAUAAUAAAUAUAGAUAAUAUAACUUGUUAAAUUUUCAUAUGGCUUUAUAUCACAUGUCGCAAAAAUCUGUUAUCAACCGUUAUACAUUUACACAUUCGCGAUUUCUAAUAAGAUAUCAAACAUUGCAUAAAAUUUAGAAUACUUUUAAAGCAGCUUUAUUUAAUUUCUCUACAAAGAUUCUAUUUUUUAUAUCUAAUAAAACAAUCAGGAUAUUAUAAUCAUUUCUUCAUUGUUCAUCAACGACGUAAAUGAUAUCAACAUUUUUUAAGCCUACAACGAUAUCUAUGAAAAUCCUAUGGACAAAUGCUAGUUUUUAAGGCUACUAAAUAUGUUUAAUAUAUAAAAAUAAAUGUUCAAAAAUUUCUUGUUAAGAAAUGCAUCAAUAGCGCUGCGUAUUGUGAAGAGUGUUAUCAACUUUAAGAUACAAAUAUUUUAUUCUGAAAAUAUAUGUUCGAUUGAACGUUUUACCUCAUAAGCUCUCUCACUAUGUGUAUGUAAAUGUAUAUAUAUAUAUUUGUAUUAAGAUCAACGAUACGCUUGAUGUAAAACUUACACAAAUCAAUUUAAUGUAAAUUAUAUUAAAAUAAAAAAAAAUAAGCCUAA